GUAGCAUUUAUUGUUGUUUAAUUUCGUUAUCAAUUUUUCACGUUAACCACUUCCUGUGUUCAUAUUUGAUUUGGCUAUUCUGAAAAAUAUAUUUCAGAUUUUGUGCACAUCACAAUAUUUAACAGCGACAACAUGCCUUUCCUCUUUCGUCCUCUGCCUGACGAUACAGGAAUAGUGAAGAGGAUGUACGACAAAUUUAUGAAAAAUCCGGCUGUUCCGGUUCUUGCAUGCGUUGCUCUCCACACGGCAUUUUCCAUUGCUCGUAGGCGUUUCGUGAAAAGCAUGUCGCAGGCUGAAUUCAACCGAUCUAUUGCUUUGGUACCACUGACGGCGUUUGCUGGUACAGCUGUCUGGUACCAUGGUACUUCAAUCAGGGAUCAACAGUACAUCCGUCCUGACAAAUAAACAGAAUACAAAGUGGCAUAAAGCGAUAGUCUGAUAAAAGACACAGCGACAAUGCAUAAGCAUUAACGAUUUUUGUCAUGUUUUCUUUUUUUAAUAUAUAAUUUUAGAAUACCUUGUAGAUAACGUGUAAAAUAAAGCAUUAUUUGAUGUACUUUUGAG